UAUAGUAAAACCAGCUCCCAGCAAAUCAUUUAAGUGAAAACCAGACCUACACACAAAAACAGUGAGAAAUAACAAAUGAACAACGAGAGAGUUAUGAGCACCCUCCUGCAUGUCAUAGCAAUACCAUACCCGGCACAAGGCCAUGUAAAUCCAAUGAUGAAACUUGUUCGAAAAAUCGCCGAACACGGUUUCAAAGUGACGUUCGUAAACACCGAAUUCAAUCACAAGCGUGUCAUGAAAGCAAUGUCGAAGAACGGGACUGAUCAUGCAGACGAGGACAUGGUACGCUUGGUCUCGAUCCCGGAUGGAAUGGAAUUAGAGGAGAAUAGGAAUGAUAUUGCGAAGUCGCAUGAAGCGAUGGGGAGAGUGAUGCCUGGUGAGCUGGAGGAGCUGAUAAAAAAGAUGAAGAAUGAAGGUGAAAAUAUAGCUUGUGUUGUUGCUGAAGGAGCUACUGGAUGGGCGUUUGAGGUUGCGAAAAAGAUGGGAAUUAAGGGGCUUGCGUUUUAUCCAGCUUCGGCUACAACUUUGGCUGUUUUUCUUAGUAUCCCUAAGCUUAUUGAAGAUGGAAUGGUAGACAAGAAUGGGACCAUUUUAAAGAAGCAGAAGAUCCAUCUAUCAGCCACAAUGCCUGCAAUCAAAACUGAAACAUUUGGAUGGGCUUGCAUCAAUGAUAUAUCGGCACAAAACAGCUUCUUUAAAUUUCUUAUUGAAAACAAUAAUUUUCUGAAAUCGGCAGACUUUAUAGUCUGCAAUACAGCUUUUGACCUGGAGGCAGCUACAUUUUCAUUAUUUCCAGAGAUAUUGCCCGUAGGUCCACUCGCCGCGAGCAAUAAGCUUGGAAAUCAGGCAUCCAAUUUUUGGGCCGAAGACGAUGACUGUUUAGCAUGGCUUGAUCAACAACCGGCUUGUUCGGUUAUUUAUGCUGCCUUUGGAAGCACUGCUGAUAUUGAUCAAACACAAUUUCAGGAAUUGGCUUUAGGCCUUGAGCUAACGAACAAGCCGUUCCUGUGGGUUCUGCGUCCUGGAAUGUCAAAUGCAGAGCCUUUCUGGAAAGAGUUUGAAGAGAGAAUAGGAUGUCAUGGAAAAAUAGUAAGUUGGGCGCCACAGGAGAAAGUUCUGAGUCAUCCGUCAAUUGCUUGUUUCAUGAGCCAUUGCGGUUGGAAUUCUACUACAGAAGGUCUGAGCAACGGAGUUCCUUUCCUCUGCUGGCCUUACAUUGUUGAUCAGUUCCUCAACGAGACGUAUAUUUGUGAUGUCUGGAAGUUGGGACUGGGGUUCGAGAAAGAUGGGACUGGCAUCGUUACAAAAGAGGAAAUUAAGAAGAAGGUUGAGCAAAUAGUUGGUGACUUAAAUUAUAAAGCAAGGGCUGUGGAACUAAAAGAAAAAAUUGCUAACAGUGUGCGAGAUGGUAGCUCAUUCAAGAACUUUGGCAAGAUUGUGGAGUGGAUGAGAUCUAUAUGAUUCGGGAUUUUAGAUGCAGUAUGGAGAUUGAAUCAUUAGUAUUGUAAUUGUAUUACAGUCUACAGAGGUUUGCGGAAAUAA